CAGUCGCUUGGAUGGGAUCAUAAAAGUAGAAAUGACAUAUUGCAAUUGCUUAGUAAAAUUUUUGUAAAAAGGUGUAAAAUGUGACGAGAGAAUAAUACCAAGAAUGCCGAUUCAGGCGCCCCAAUGGACAGAGUUUCUGUCCUGUCCAGUCUGCUGCCACGAGUUUGCAGCGCAACUACGUCCUCCAAUCAGUCUAGGCUGUGGCCACACCAUCUGUCGCACGUGUCUGGGCACACUCCAUCGGAAGCAGUGCCCAUUUGACCAGACAACAAUAACAACGGACUUAGACAACUUACCAAUAAAUUAUGCUCUUCUGCAACUCGUGAGCAAUGCACCACAGUUGAUAAGUGAGAGUGAUGUGACGUCGCCGAGUGUGCAGUGCCUGAAGGCGGAUGAUCUGCAAUGCUACAACGUGGCGAAGAAGUGUAUCGAGGAGUUGGCACUCUACCUGAAGCCAAUCUCGAGUGGUGGCAGUGCCAGCAAUCUCCUGUCGCGGCCCAUGCAGCGGAAACUCGUGACGCUGGUGAAUUGUCAGUUGAUCGAGGAUGAGGGACGCUCCAGGGCGCUGAGGGCGGCCCGUUCGCUGGGUGAGCGCACGGUGACGGAGUUGAUAUUGCAGCAUCAGAAUCCGCAGCAGCUCAGUGCCAAUCUGUGGGCGGCCGUGAGAGCGCGUGGAUGCCAGUUCUUGGGUCCGGCUAUGCAGGAGGAGGUGCUGAAGUUGAUUCUGCUAGCGCUGGAGGAUGGUUCUGCGCUGUCCCGGAAGGUGUUGGUGAUGUUUGUGGUGCAGAGGCUGGAGCCUCAGUUUCCGCAAGCGUCCAAGACGAGUAUUGGCCACGUCGUGCAGCUCCUGUAUCGCGCCAGUUGCUUCAAGGUGUCCAAGAGGGAUGGGGACUCGUCGCUGAUGCAGCUGAAGGAGGAGUUUCGCACGUACGAAGCGCUGAGACGAGAGCACGAUGCUCAGAUUGUGCAAAUUGCCACGGAGGCGGGCUUGAGAAUUGCCCCAGAUCAGUGGUCGGCUCUUCUGUACGGUGACACGGCGCAUAAGUCGCAUAUGCAGAGCAUAAUUGACAAGCUGCAGACGCCACAAUCAUUUGCACAGUCUGUGCAAGAAUUGGUGCUGGCGCUCCAGCGGACCGGCGAUCCGGCGAAUUUGUCGGGCUUGCGGGCACAUCUCAAGAGUCUGGCGGCCAUUGAUCCCACAGCCGAGGGCACGGUGCCCACGUGGCAGGAGGUGGCCGGAGCCCUGGAGGCUGUGCGUCAAGUGGUGGUCGGACUCGUGGAAUUUGUCCAGCACUAUGGCAAUCGGAAGCUGCAGGAGACGACGCACUCCAAUCACAAUACCAAAUACAAGAUUAGCAUGUGCAGGGACUUGACGCAGCGGGGAACCUGCCCCAGGGGCACCAAUUGCACCUUCGCCCACUCAGAGGAGGAGUUAGAGAAAUAUCGUGCCAAGACACGAAAGAUCAACACAAAGACACCGACGACAUCGAUAAAGGAAAUGGAGUACAUGGGCGAUGGGAUGAGUCAUGUGCCGCAUCCCUACAUGACGCCAGAUGAUGUGUCACCAAUGAGAUUUGGCGGCUCAAAGGCGCAAACGGGUAAUUUGAUUGGGCAACCACCAUUUGUGGACAAGAUGAACAAUGUGAUGCAUCAUCCCGGCGUGAUAUCGAGUCCAAUUCCCAAUGCUAUGCCGCCAAAUGUGAUUUCUACACCCAUGACGAUGGCAAGAAUGCCCUAUGACCAUCAUCACUUCGGCAGUAUGAGUUGUCCACCACCCAUGCCGCCGCCGCCGCAACCCCAUCAGGGUCCGGGCAUGAAUAGGGGCUUCAUGAAUCGUCCUGUGUCGGCGCAAUCGUUGCCGCAUGGAAAUUACUCUCAGAUUUCACCCUCAAAUCCUCCCCCGCCACCGCCGCCUCAGGUGUACACCAACCAGCCUCCUCCGCCGCCACCGCAGCCACCCUACAGUGGGGCCGAGAUGUAUCCCGGAUUGCCACAUGGUGCUCCGCCACCGCACAGUCCGCAGCAGCUGCAAUUCUCACCCCAUGACGCAUUCGUGGGCAAAGGUGAUCGGCUGGAGGUGAUGCGUGGCGGGAUGUUCUGGGAGCAACAGCCAGGAGCUCCGUAUGCGCCUAAAUCUCACCCUCAAACACCACCACAUCGAGUUCUGGGGCCGCCAAAUGCUCCUGUGCCGCCUGUGUUGAAGAUGUCACCGAAUUCAGUGUAUCUCAGUGGGCAGCAAAACUAUGUGAACAACAAUUAUCCGCCGGGAGCGAUGAUGAACCGGAAUACCAUGGCCAUAGAGAGGCGACAGGAGAUGAUGAAGGAGUAUCAACAGCCGCCAAAUAGUGUGAAUGUGACCAAGUCGCCUCAUCAUCAUCAUCCGGCUGUGACGUCUCAUAUGCCAACGAAUGGCACGGGUUUGUAUGCGCAUCAUGCGCUCAAGGAUGACAUGUACUGGAAUUCCAAUGCAAAUCCGGGCUAUCACAUGGACGGCGCCGGUGGGCGAGAUCCCUUCGUGAGGUCAGAUUCACUGCUCACGGAUGAUGAAUAUGUGCCGUUUGAGGCGCAACCGUCGAGCAAAUUUGGACCAAUAUCGCGAAUGAGCACGAAAUCGCAUAAUACGCCGUCCGCCAGUAGUCAGUUGUUCAGUGAUAUCGCCGGCGGAUUGCCCAGGACGCCAUUCAGUGGUCCGACUGGGAAUUCUCUAAGCACACAGUGGAUCAACAGUGGCUCGUAUGCGGGACAUCUUGAUGGGGUGAAGGACAAGGAGAUGGAGUUGAAUCACAUUGAGAAGCACUUGGCUGAGUGUCGUUUGCAGACGAAUGAUUUGGCCACAUUUGAUCUCUCAAUGGGGAUUAAGCCAAAAACCUCACCGGCUGCAACUUCUGUGCCAGCAACGACUUCUUCUCUGCUGUGGUCGACCAACAAUGGGCAGGACAAGGUGAAGACGCUGUGGGAGGUGAGCAAGGAGGAGAUUCCCACGGAAGAGGAUGAAUUGGGAGUGGCCAAUGGGAUACUGGAGAUGGAGAAGCGUCUCAAGUCUGAUCUGGAGGACGAUGAGAUGCUCUGGUCACAUCCUGGCGAGGCGUCAUCGCCGCACUGAGCACAUCCGGACACACUUAAGUAUACCAAUAGCACUUCCUAAGACAUUUUAAAGAAAAAAAACUGAUGAGCCACAGGGAAGAAAAGACAGCGAGGAAGAGAGAGAAUGUGUUAGGCAAUAUAUUUCGGAUUCAAUUUACCACUAAAUGGGGGAAAAUUAGUGAGGAAAAGAAUAAUAAUAAUGAUGAUGUUAAGGGCUCUUAAGGGGAGAGACAGAGAAGAAUGUCGACGCUUAAUUAGCGAAUCAAUUUGUGUUUAUUUUUCGUGUAGGAAUUUUUAUUAAAAUUACACCCACUAUUCUCUUUAUAAAUGAAAAGAAAGAAUAAAAAAGUUUAUAAUUUAGGCAUUAAUAAUGUGAAAAGGAAUAUUAAUUUUAUAUUAAAGUUAAUCAAUUUUGAUUUAUUGAUAUGCAGUUAAAAAAAAGUAUGGUUUCUUAUUAAUCCAACAAAGGAAGAAAUGGUAAUAAUCAAUAAUAGGAAUGGAAUAUUUGAAGCGCAUGAAGGGUUCUUUUAUUUUAUAGAGUGAGAAAGAGAGAAUUAUUGUGAAUGGUGGGAAUUAAUACUCAAUAGUGAUUUUAUUGUUCAUUUUCGUUAUUAUGUUACUAUUUUAUACCCUAAUGUAUUUUUUUCCAUUAUUUAUUAGUAACAUAGCAAUUGCGUGUGGAGUUGGAAUUUUUUCGGCGUUUUCAUUAUUUUAUAUAUGUUUGUUUCUCCACUUUAGUUUUGAGAGGAAAAAAAAAUGAAGGAAAGAAAGAAAUAUCAUGUAAUAAUAACAACACACUUGAGCCUCUCCCAGGGAAAAGAGAUAUGAAAAUGUGCGACUAACCAUUCAGUUUUGUUGUUUGAGUAAUUCAAAAAAAAAGAGAAGAAGGAGGAAAUUAACAUGCGAACGAGUGGGAAAUGCUGAGAAAAUUAUAUUUUUGUCUUUGAAAUGCAUUUUAUAAUCCAAUUGCAAAGCAAUUUUAAGGUGACAAUGCGAAUAUAUAAGGGAAGAAGAUAAAAAUUGGCUCAAUACGCUUCAAGGGAUCAUGAGAUUUUAGUCGUGUGUCUGUUUAAUUGUUCACAAAUCUGUUGAAAAACUCUAAUGAAUUCAGUGAGAAGGUGUUUUUUUUAAAUACUUCUGUGGCUCUUUUCUCUGGGGCUUUGCAAAUCAAUUCAAUUGAAUGCACGGAGAGAAAGAGAAGUGGUGAGAAAGGACUAAUAAUGACAAGAAUUGGGCUGUUAUAUCACGGUGUGCCCCUCAAAUUUUCACACGCUUUAUUUAAGAGAGAGAGAAAGAGAGAAAGCAACACGCAAAGAAUGCGAAUGGGUUUCUUCUUUGCACAAUUUUGCCACACUAUUUUCUUGUGUAAUUGUACAACACGAUGGAAUUUCUUCUAUUCUUGCAAAAAAGAAAAAAAAUGCUAUUGUUAAAAAUUGUCGGGAAUGGGAAGGAGAAAAGUUGUUUAAGAGAAUUCGCACGAAAAGAAAAAUAACAAGAGAGAGAGAGAAAGAGAGAAAUUUUUAACUAAUUGAGACGAUAAGAUGGGAAGUGACAGAAACUUUUAGGCCACAGCACGGGAGAGGGUGGAAAUUUUCAACUCGGGCGGCGAUAACAGUAGUGAAGGAGAGCAUAAAAAAUGGGGAGUAGAAGAAGAGGAGAAAAUUUGAAUGGCGAGGGGUAUUUAGUGGUGCAGUGUUUAAACCCAAUGGGUUCAUAAUACUAUUAUAAAUAUAUAUUUAAAGAUGAAAAAAGGAGGAGGAGGAGGAGAAAAAGUGGGAGGAGAAAGAGAAUAAAACAAGUUAACAUUAUAUUAUUAAUAUUAUAUAUGGUAUAUAUUUAUAAAGUGAGGCGCGCACGAGAAAAGGAUGGAUUAGACAAGAGAGAUUACCAAGAAAAAAAGCGUAGAUGAGAGCUAUAAAGAAAGUAAAAGAAAAACAGUAGAUAUGGAAAUGCAUCGUAGCUUGGAAAAUGCGGAGAAUCACACACACACUAAUGUGCGAAAGGGUGUAUCUAAAGGGGGAGGAUAAAGAAGAAAAAGAAGAAACACUAUUAUAUAAUAUAUAAUGAUGAAAUAAGAGCUGUUUUCUGGCUUAAAUGUACUGCAAAAUGGAGAAGAAAGAAAAUAAUAUUGUACUGUGUAACUUUUAAGAUGGAUUAUUUGUGUAAGAAUCUUUUCACUUACACAAUCAUUUUAAGCCUAUACUUAUAUAUAUAUUUAAACAGCAGUCAAGAACAACAUAUUCGAGAAUAACUAUCACACUUAUAUCGCCUUUAGUUUCUUUUUUACAUCAUCUCUUCAUCCAAAUGUUGGUGUUGAACUUGCGAAACAACCUUCAUUUCUGUAUGAAUUUUUGAGAAAAACUCUGCUUUCAUGGUUUUCUCUGCUCUGAUUGUCGUGUAUUUGACAAAUGUUGAGCGCAUUUUUUUAGAAGACUUUGAAAAUCCAUAGCAAAAAAUGAUGGUGACAAUUUGUAAGGCAACACAACAUCUGAAUCUUACUUAUCCUCUAACGUCAUCAAAACUCUUUCCAACAAAAAACUCUAUUCAUCAAAUCUCAAGCAGUGUCUAUAGUCUAAAUAUUAGAUGAUACAACAUUUGAAAGAAAGGAAAAAUGAACAACAAAUUUAACAGAAACAUAUACUUUUAUAUAAAUGUAGCUUUUGGUGAAAAAGAAAAUGAUAUCUUGUUGUUGUAGCUCAGAUAAAUCAAAUUGUAGCGAAUGGUGGAGAGGAAUUGAAGGCCUUCCGCCGAUAUUCAAUUGGGGUUUGGGGUCUUUUUUAGAAAAAGAACCAUUCUUAGCGAAAAAUGAUGUGUAAAGAGGGUGGAAAAGGAAGAAAAAAAAACCUACUCUAAAUAUUAAAGAAAUAAAAACAUAUAAAUGUGUUGUAAAACGUAGAAAUAAUGAUGACAAGAACCGCCUAUUAAUUUGUAAGGGUAUUAAAAGAAGAAAAAAAAACUGAAUUUAAUCACAAAAAGCAAGACGAAUAACAUUUCUAAAGAAAGAAGAAAAAAGAAAUUGUGAAAGAUGUUAGACUACUUUUUUCAGUUGCGCUUAUUGAUUGUGGACCAAAUACAAAGAAAAAUUAAAGAAAACACAUUUAAGAAAACACACAACAAAAUGUUAGUUAAAAAGUAAAAAAAAAUACUAGUGAGAAAGAGAGAAAAGGAGAUGAGAAGAAAAGUGUUUAGGAGGUAAAAGAGAAAACACAAAAUCACCCAUUUUCUAAAUGAAGGAUAAAACAAUUUUUAAUUAGAUUGUAACAAAUAAGGUAAAGUUUAAAAGAAACUGGAUUACAGUGUUUGUAAAUGAAGAAAAAAUGAUAAUAGUCUCCAUGGUGUCUUUACACAAAUCUUCCUGUUAAAGAGUCCUCUUUAAUUCAUCACUUCCUUCCUUCCGCGUGUGUGUUUUAUUGUAGAUGAGAAAGAAAGAGGAAAAUACUCCAAGAGAAACAUUGGGUAGACACAAAGUUAAGAAGAAGAAAAAAAAAUGGUGAUUCGACAUAUCUGAGAGGUGAAGAAAUGAAUUCAUUUACAACUUUAACGCCACUGACAAGUCUUUCGCCGUGGUUCGAAAGACUCUAUCAGUUGGAUUUCUUUGCGUAAAAUAGGUUUCCCAAGGAUUGGAAUAGCCAAAAAAACAAAACAAGAGAUAAAAAGAAAGAUAGAGGAAAGGAUCGAUUUUUUCCGUAGAAGAAUCACUGUUGAAAGUGAAUUCGUAGAGCAUAAAUUAGAAUUCUUGGCGUCUACAAUCAAAUUCUGUAACAAGUUUUCACAUUAAUAAUAAUAGAAUGAACGGACGGAAGAUGAAAGAAAACCUACAAAUUCCAUGUGGCAAAAACUAAACCAUUUAUUAUAAUCUUUCCCUCGAAUUUUUGAACCAAUUUCACAGAGUGAAGAAAAGUUUCUAAAAUUAGCACAUUUUUUAAAUUCAUUUUGAUAGAGAGAAACUAACCAAAUGGUUUUCCCCUCGAAUUUCACUGAUUUUUUCCUUUUUUUUCUAAACAUAACUUGUAGAGAGAUUGAGACGAAGAUUAACUAGUUGACUAAUUGUAAAACUUAACUGACUUUGAGAUAUUAAAUAGAAGAAGGAGAAAACCAACAAGAAUAGAGAGAGAGAAAAUAGUUCUACCCUUUGCUACAUCAUGUAUUUUGAGAGGAAGAGAGAGAGAGAAAAAGGAGGAGAAAACUUAUAAACCGAUUAUCUUAACAGUUUAAUUAAUAAAAAAUAUAUA